AUGGUGCGUUAUCAUAUUCUUUUACAAAUUGUACGUUUUCAAGUUAAUUAUCUUCCAAUAAUUCAAUCAAUACCAUUAACUGAAGAUGAUAAUGGUGUUGUUCUUGUCUGUAAUACAGAUAUUGAAAUAACAAAUCAAGUAUGAAAAUUUUAUUUUUUUUCAAAAAAAA